AGUUUAUUCACUUAUGAGUAAAGUUCCAUUGACGGAGGACGCUGUGUUGUUUUUUUUUGCGUACAUAAUUCACCACCCCCAGAAAUGUCUUCACCCUUGGUGCCUACUCUUCUUAACGAAGCUCGCAUUGUGCUUGCGUUGUGUGAAGCUCACAAAACAACUGUCGAGUGUGUUGAAAUAAAAGCUUGUGAUUUUAAAUUAUCUUCAGCGAAUGGAGAAAAUUUUUGCAGUGACAUCUAUGAAGUCGAUGUAAACUACGAAAUAAACGGCAAUGCCAUGCAAAAGUCUUUUAUUUUAAAACUAAUGAUACCGGAAAUUGCCGAAAUUGGAACCAACGAACAGUUAAUGUUUACCGAAGUAUUACCGGCUAUGGAAGGGUAUUUGAGCACUGUGGAGGGGAAAGGGACCGACAAAUUAUUUGCCAAAUGUUUUUUAACUGAACGCCAAGGGAAACAUGAAUUCUAUCUUUUGGAAAAUUUAAACACUUUGGGUUAUAUGUGCGGCGAUCGUGUGAAAGGUUUGAACGAAGCCGAAGGCCACAUGGUAAUGCAAAAAAUUGCCAAAUACCAUGCGGCCUCAAUUUUAUAUCAGAAAGAGUUCCCUGAUAUUGUUGACAGUCUUGAAAAAUCCCAUUUUGCCAAAGGAGCAGCAGAUGUUGUGGCCGAAGCAAUUGCCUUUGGAGGUUUUGAAUAUGUGGCAAAUAUGAUUGAAAAAUGGCCGGGAUACCAACACUUGGCACCUAGGCUGUUUAAUCUUAAAAAUGGCUUUAAUGAUUUGGUAAAGCAAGUGGUGGAUCCCUCUAGGAGUACUUUAAACGUUAUUACCCAUGGAGACUUGUGGGUUAAUAACAUGCUUUUUAAGUAUGACAAAGAUACCCAAAACCCACUAGAUGCUGUUUUUGUGGAUUUUCAAAACACAUUCUGGGGCAGUUGUGGUUUCGAUUUGAAUUAUUUCCUGUACACAAGUUUGGAAUUGUCAGUUUUGCAGGAAAAGAAAGAAGAUUUGUUGCAAACCUAUUGUGAGGCUCUAAGAAAAACUUUGGUGGAGAGUAGAUUUGAGGUGGAUAAUAUACCCAGUUUGGAUGAUGUUUUGGCGGAAGUCAAACAUUGUGAACUAAUUGCUUUGUAUGUCUCGUUAUGUGAAUUACCAAUAAUUGCCUUGGAUAAGACAUCAUCGAAACAUUUCACUUUGGAAACCUUUGAAAAUCCCGAUGAAAUGUCAAAGAUGCGUACCCCAAUGUAUGCCAAUCAAAGAGUCAAGGAUAAUUUAUUGUAUACAUUGAAAUGUUUUGAAGAGAGUGGAUUGUUGUAAAGUAAUUCAAAUUGUAUUAUUAUAGAAUGUUGGAGCCAUUGUAAAAUUAAUUUAAAGUCACCCUAUUUCAAAUAAUAACAUCAACCAAAAAAAACCUUUUACUAUAUCUGAUUUGUGUAUAUACAAUGGAUAAAUGAAUAUAUAUUUAAUUCCAGAACUUGAAAGAAUGUAAAAAUGUUACCACGACUACCAAGCUUUUCCCUAUGAAAUCUAAAAAAAUUACAAAAAUAGUAGUAGAAUCUUGCAGGUUCUAGAUCGGCCUUGAUUCUUGAAUAUUUUAUAAAAAAAUAAAUGU